AUGCUCUAUCGAUCGUACGAAAGCAAGAAUCAGGGCGGGGGCCCAGAUCCAAUCGUCGCCCUCUUGGUGAGUAUUGUCAUCUUUACCUUUGUGCUUGCUGGGGUUGCCGAUACAAACCUCUACAGUGUGAAGACAAUGGAGGGAAUACAACAUCGUCUAUCGCUGUGGAAUGGAGAGUCGUGCACCAUGGACGGCUGUCUCACGCAGAAACUGCCGCCCAUUGGUUGGUGCGGAGAACGCCGAACCUCAUUUACCGCCAUGCAGGUAUUUUCUAUCAUAUCGCUGGCUGGCUCUGUUCUCCUAUUGUUAUCUUCUCUUCUUGGCACGCUGACAGUUAGGACGCAUUGCAUACGUGUUUUCUUUUUUGGGUCGGCAACUUUGACGUGGCUAUUUUUGAUGAUAGAGUGGUCCAUGAUGGCAGGAAUAUUCCACAGCAAGGCUUGCUCAAAUCCGUCCUUCAGUGAAAUAAAGUACCAGUAUGGGGCUUCUUUUGCUCUUUUCCUUAUGGCAUGGACGUGUCUCACCGCAAUGGCGAUUUAUAGUGGCAUUGUAAGGGUUGAUUGCUAG